CGGUGACACCCACUCCUCCAUUUUCUCAUAGCAGACAACCUGAGCUGCUCUGCUCUCUGCCCGUGGACCCCCCCGUCGAUACACAUCUUCAGAGUUUGAAUGAAACUCUUCGGGUGGCGGCUGAUAUCUGCUCUCGACGACCAGCUCCUGCGACGUUUUAGGACGUGUUGCUCGGUUUUACACGAGGGACGCAGCAAGCGAAAAUCCUGCCGGAGAUGGAGACCGAAAGAGCCGAUGCCCAGCGGCUGCUGGUGGUGAAAGAGGUUUCUACCAAGGCUCACGUGCGUGCCAGCACCUGUCAAAACCAGAGGAAACAUGAGCCUCCUCUUAUCAAAGAAGAGAAGAAUGACGAAUUUAAGGAGGAACAAACAGAGGACGAUUCAAGUAUCUCAUUCACUCCUGUUGAUGUGAACGGAGAGGAGGUGCCCCCAACCAGCAGCUUGACUGAACACAUGAAAAUAGAAGGAUCAGAAACAGCUACCUGCUUGGAUGCACUUCUCCACCCUGACAAGCAGGGGUCGCUCUCUUCCGACUCUGACACAGACGACAGUGAAGACUGGAAAGAAAGCAGCAACACUCAGCCAGGGUCGAACUCUGUGAGGAAUGUCAAAGUACAUGUGAAUGAGAAGAGGGAUGACCCUGAUCACAAAUCACUGAUCUGCUCUGGAUGUGGGAGAAAAUGUUCUUCAAAGUAUGAAAUGACUAGACAUUUAUUAGCAUGCUGUGGAGGACCUUUGACUUGUUCGAUUUGUGGCAAAUGCUUUGAAACAACAGAGAAUCUGAAGGCUCACAUGAAGAAUCACUCUGAUGAAAAACCCUUCAGCUGUUCUCAGUGUGGUAACUGUUUUACACGGCGCAUCCACCUUACUCACCAUAUGAGAAGUCACACAGGAGAAAAACCUUUUCGCUGCCCAGAGUGUGGUAAAUGCUUUGGGCAAAGCAGCCAUCUGAGCAAACACAAGAAAAUUCAUACAGGUGAAAAGCCUUUUAGCUGCACACAGUGUGGUAAAUGUUUUACCCGGAGGAGGAGUGUAACGACACACAUGAGGAUGCACACUGGAGAAAAGCCUUUCUUCUGCUCUCAGUGUGAUAUGUCUUUUAGGCAGAGCUACCAACUGAAGCAACACAUGAAGAGUCAUACAGGUGAAAAGUCCUACGUCUGUUCUCUUUGUGGUGGGUGUUUUACUCAGAAUGGCCACCUCAGAGACCACAUGAGAAUUCACACAGGUGAAACACCUUUCAGCUGCUCUCAGUGUGGCAAGUCUUUUAAACAGCGCAGUCAUCUGAGGUCACACAUCAAACGCCACACAGGAGAGAAGCCUUUCAGCUGCUCUCAGUGUGAGAAGUCUUUUUUUCAGAAAUGGGCCCUUGAGAAACACAUGAAACGUCACAUCGAUGAAAAACCUUACUGCUGCUCCCAGUGUAACAUGUGUUUUACAUAUCGGCGAAGCCUGCAGGCACACAUGAAGAUUCAUGCUGAAGUUAAACCAUUUAUCUGUCCUGAAUGUGAUAAGGGUUUUAUGCUGCAAUGUUACUUGAAAGCACACAUGAGAGUGCAUACUGGCGAAAAACCAUUCAGCUGUUCUCAUUGUGGUGAACAUUUUAAGUGGCGCAUCCAGCGCAGCACACACGAAAAGUCUCACUUGAAGCCGAGUUAAGCAAGCAUCUUUUAUGAAUAUGAGAAAAUACAGUAUUGCACCAAAUAUAAACUUGUGUUUGACUCUUUGGUUGAUAAUGUGUGUCUACCAAUUUUUUCUUGAGCAGGUUUCCUGUUAUUCCCAAUGGAUGAUAUUGAUCGUCAUUAAGAGUUUGUCUGGGUACUUCCAGUGAGCUCAAGGUGCAGCAAGAGCUAUGGGAAGCCAAUGCAGACUCUUCCAAAACUGGAAGUCUCCCUGGUCUUCCCAGCUGGAUCCAGCAGGCCCAUGGUGAAAGCUGUAGCAAUGUGACAUCAAGGACCGAGCGGGAACCCCCGGCCGCCAGGUGCUCAAAAUGGGAGAAGAUGAGCCUAACCUGAUAGUGAGACCAGCAGAACCCCCCAGGAAAGUUGUUCAUUGACUGGGAUCUGGACACUCUCGGACGGAUUUACUCUGAACCCCUGCAUUGUGCUCCACAACCAGUUUGGUGUGCACUCCUGAAUCCUGUUCAGGCCUGGUUGUCCAAGUACAAUCCAGGGGUGUCCAGUCAGUGAGUGCCAACUGCAGAAAAAUAAGCAAGGAGUUGGCCCAUAUUGAAAGAUGAAUUCUGUGUACUUAUACUCCACAGUACUGUGAAGAACAUUGCAUUCAGUGGGAGCAGUGAUGCUGUUGUUUGGAAUGAAGGAUGGCUGAACAGCCAUUCAGUCAGUCUACAGGAGGUGGGUGUCUGUUCUGGGCACACAUAUUCACUGUUGUAAAGUAUUAACAAAGUCAAAGAAACAUCUGGAUCACAGAAGACAGCUCCAUCAAUCUCUUGGCAUCUCCGUUGCCAUUGGCUGCCUUGUUUUCACGUGGAAGGAAUAGACAGACAGAAUCCAACUACGGCAACAAUAUUCAAAUACAAUGUAUAACCUGAAAUCAAUUGUUGAAAUAAUAGGGUGAAAAAGAAAUGACCAUUUUCUGGGUUCCUUUAUGCAAUUACAUGCGCCUUUUAUUGCGCUCCCUGUUUGUUUGUUGCAACAACUGUUCUUCAUGUGUUGACAUCACAGUGAUCUAUGAUCACGUAGCACCCAUAAGCAGCACAGAAGUCACCUGGCAUCUUUUUGUAGUUGUGUCAGUGUUUAAAGUUUAAAAGUCAAAUGAAAAGAAUGUAAUUGGUCAUUCGUUAGAUCCCAAAACCUCUAAACUGUAAAAGUGACCGUUACAUUGUUCUCGAAGACCUCAGAAUGGAGGAGCUUCAUAGAUGUCACUGGUGGGACUUAUUACAGUGUAACGCCGAAAACAGGAUGCUGUGGAUCCCUCCGUCAGGGUCACUCAUGAAGUUACAAUGUUCAUUGAAAGUAACUGUAAUCAGUAUUAUUAGUGAUCAUAUUACACUUAACACAAAUAUACUGCGUAUGAUUACAAUAUGAAUUAUUACAAGAAAUGAUCAACUGCAUAUUUAUACGUAGUGUUUGAUGACAUGAUGAUAUAUGGAAUGGUAAUGUAAUAUGCACGCACGUAUGUUAAUGAUAAUCCACAUUAUGUAAUGCUUAAUAAAUGUUAAAAACAUUGCAGAUU